UAUGGAUAUUUCUCUAUAGGAGUCUAUUUACUGGGAAAAUAUGGGCAGAAGAAAAUCAGAGAAAUCCAGGAACGAGAGGCAGCUGAGUAUAUUGCCCAAGCACGAAGGCAGUACCACUUUGAGAGUAAUCAGAGGACGUGCAAUAUGACAGUACUGUCAAUGCUUCCGACAUUGAGGGAUGCCUUAAUGCAUCAGUUAAACUCUGAGAGCCUCACAUCUCUUCUUAAAAAUAGGCCAGCAAACAAGUUAGAAAUAUGGGAGGAUUUAAAGAUAAUAAGCUUCACACGCAGUAUUGUGGCUGUGUACAGCACCUGUAUGCUCGUGGUUCUCUUGCGAGUCCAGCUGAACAUCAUCGGCGGUUACAUCUACCUGGAUAACGUCACGCUCGGCAAGAACGGCACAACACCACUAGCUCCCCCUGAAGUCCAGCAGCAAUAUUUAUCAAGCAUCCAGCACCUUUUAGGAGAUGGACUGACUGAGUUAAUAAGUAUUGUUAAACAAGCUGUGCAUAAAGUUUUUGGAAGUAUUUCCCUUAAGCAGACCCUGUCUCUUCUGGAGCUGGAACAGAAACUUAAAGAUAUCAGGGAAGUAGUGGAACAUAAAGAUUUGACUCAGAUUGCGUCUUACUCUCCCUUAUGUCGUUAUCUGAUGCCAGAUGAAGAAAACCCCUUGGCUAGCCAGGCCUGUGGACUCACAGAAAGAGACAUUGCUACAAUUAAAUUACUAAAUGAAACUAGAGAUAUGCUGGAAAGUCCAGACUUCAGUACAGUUUUGAGCACAUGUUUAAAUAGAGGAUUCAGUCGACUGCUGGACAAUAUGGCAGAAUUUUUUAGACCUACUGAAAAGGACCUUUCUCAAAACAGCUCUGUAAAUAGUCUUUCCAGUGUCAGUCUUCCUUUAGCCAAGAUAAUUCCAAUAAUAAAUGGUCAGAUCCAUUCAGUAUGCAGUGAAACACCCAGUCACUUUGUUCAGGACCUGUUGAUGAUGGAACAAGUGAAAGAUUUUGCUGCUAAUGUUUAUGAAGCUUUUAGUACCCCUCAGCAACUAGAGAAAUGACCUGCACAUUUUUACAAAUGGAUGGUGUAUUUAUAACAAAUCCCUGGUGACUACUGAUGAGACAUGGGUUAAUUUUAUAAUGGUGUAGGAGUGGCAGACUAGCAGAAAGAGCACUCUGAGGAAAGUGGGAGUGAGCCCAUAUUUUCUUCUAACUGAAUUAUGUUUCACCCAUUAAAAAUAUUGAAAGAAACACUGUAAGUGAAGACUUUUUUAUUUAAGAA